UAGCUGUUGAUGCUUGCUAUUGCUGCUGCUGUUGCUGCUGGCCGCCACACACACACACACACUACUCUACAACUCUAUCUCUCCCUCUUCAUUCCUGCAUCUCAUCUCAUCUCAUUUCCGGCUUUUACGCUUCCUUUGUCAUUCAUCAAUGGAGCAUGCCUGAUUUCAAGACGCGCUUCCACAACGCGAGGAUCCGCCUACUGAGGCGCUCGUCUGUGGCCCCGGCGGCGGAAAGCAAGCUGCCUAAGGCCGCCGCCAUCCUGCCUCAACUUCGGCCUUCAGCCUCCAUGGGAAAGCUCUCUUCUGCCAUCACAACAAGGCCGACAGGAGACUCGGCCAGCGACUCCAGCCACUCCAAUCUCGACAAGCAGAAGCCUGCCGUCUCGCUUCUGCUUGAGCAUGAGCUGCGACAUCCCUCUGCCGAGACCGUUGUCGACAGCCAGAUCCUCCUCCCGCCGAGCGCUCCUGGGAGCUUGAGCUCAACAGACCUGCACGCCCGUCACCACGACGAUAGCACUCCUGUUAGCGACUUGCAACUCUCCAGCGAGUCCAACGUCACGUCUGAGACUCGUGAGAUCACUCCAGUCGUCACGCUACAAGAGCCCUCGCCGUCCGUCCCAACCGCCAUGACCCCGACGCAUCGCAAGAUAUGGGUUAAGCGGCCCCAUGCCUCAGCAACACUGGUGCAGAUCAAGACUGAUGACCUGGUCGAUGACGUGCGGGACAUGAUAUUGAGAAAGUAUGCCAACUCGCUGGGUAGAAGCUUCGAUUCACCAGACGUCACUCUGCGCAUCCUGCCACGAGAACACAAUCAGAAGUCACAGGAUAGAACUCUGGGUCCGGAGGAAGAGAUAUGCAGAGUGCUGGAUGCGACGUUUCCAGGCGGCCAGACUGUCGAAGAGGCGCUGAUAAUCGAUGUGCCCCACAAAAGAACCCCAAAGCCGUCGCCGCGAGUAGCGUCGCAUCACGGAUACUAUGACCAAGAGACGGCACGUCCGCUGGAGAAUGGAGGAGAAUACUUUCCGCCUAUGCCUCCAGUGCUCAUACCAUCGCCAGCAGGCGGAUCCACUGUCUCCCACGAGAGCAGGUCCUCGCACCCUGAACGAUCCAUGACAGUCCUAGGCACUGGCUAUCUUCCCCCUCUCCCAUCACCAGGGGGCGAGCGCAAGAGAACCCACUCCCACCGUCCCAAGAUUGGCCGCCAUCACACCUCUUCACCUACAACUAUGGCCGCAAACGCAAUCAGCAACAGCUCAAUCCGCCCUCGCGGCCAACGCCACGACUCUUCCCACUCCGAUGCCAUGCAACACGCUGCCCCUGCGACAGCCCAACCCCUUCCCACGCCGCCCGCACCUGUCGAGCCCGUCAAGCCCGCUGCGUCCACACCUCCCAUUCCACGAGUUUCGUCGCCCAGGCCCGGCAUGAAAGGCCGCAAGCGUACAAAGGCAGGCAAAGAUGGCGUCGACGGCUCCCACUCGCUGAGCUCCGGCCUCCUCGACAAUGCCGUCCCGCCCAUCAACGUGCUGAUUGUGGAAGACAACAUGAUCAAUUUGCGAGUUCUGGGCGCGUUCAUGGAGCGCCUGAAAGUACGCUGGCAGCGCGCCAUGAACGGGCGGGAGGCAGUCACCAAAUGGCGUGCCGGUGGCUUCCAUCUCGUGCUCAUGGACAUCCAAUUGCCGAUCAUGAAUGGCCUGGAAGCGACAAAGGAGAUUCGGCGGCUGGAGCGCGUGAAUAGCAUAGGCGUGUUCAGCAGCGCGAGCAGCGUAGCGCCGACGAUGGGGCCCGAGGGCGAGAGGGGCGAGCUCGUCGAGGCAGACCGAUUGGGCGACGGCGGUCUCUUCAAGAGUCCUGUCAUCAUCGUCGCGCUGACGGCCAGCUCGUUGCAGAGUGAUCGACACGAGGCCCUGGCCGCCGGCUGCAACGAUUUCCUGACCAAACCCGUCAACUUCCUCUGGCUCGAGCAGAAGAUCAAGGAGUGGGGCUGCAUGCAGGCUCUCAUCGACUUUGACGGCUGGCGCAAAUGGAAGGACUUUGCCGCGCAGUCGGACAGCUUCAAGGGCAAAGGCAAGGCCGGCAUGGGCAGGGAUAAGAAGAGCAGCGCGCUCAAGAAGCUGGUCGAGGAGGGCGCUGAGAGCAGUAGCACCACGACCACGACUGGGCAUGAGACUGGGCAUGAUAAGGGCGAUUCGAGCGCGAGUUGAGUGUGGGUCUUCUGGUGGGCAUGUCGAUGUGUGUCGAGACGGCGGACUGGGGUUAAUGGGAUUAUGCUUGUAUUGUUCUCAUUGUCAUUGUCAUUGCAGGGCGUUGGAGGCGUGACUUGCGUGCGUGUGUUUCCUGCACGGCUGGGAUGGGAUAUAUUUGUAAUCGAUGGGUACAUGGACGGUACGGGACACGACAAGGACAGGCAGGACAGCAGAGAGCAGAGCAGAGCAGAGCAGAGCAGUGCAUAGCAGAACAGACGUGAUACCAACCGGCACGGGAAUAGAACAACAUCAGUCCUUUCC